ACCAGACGAUGCGUUGACUGAGCGGAGGAGAAGAAGAAAACCUCUCCCAGCCAGCCGUCCUGCCUGCUGCAUGGAGGAGAAGCAGAGGAGGAAGAGGAGCAGAGAGAAGGUGAUGACAUAUUGUGCUGGUAAUGUAAUUUGGAGCCAAGACAUGGCCAGAAGGGACCUGUUUGGUGGAGCCACAGGAUUGACAAAAGCACAACUUACCGAUAAAACAUCAAAGAUACCUCAGGCUUGACAUCUGACCUCACUGUUUCCUCUACAACAAAAUGGAUCUGCAUCAUUUUGGAGGUGAUAUCUUCAGGAUCCCUGACACCUAAACACUCUGACCUCUGGCUGGGCAGGACCAUCUCCACCUUGCCGCCAGAUAGUCUGAAACCUAAGUCACUUCCUGUCCUGUCCUCUUCUCCACUAUCCACCAUGUCGGAGGGGCUGCUGCAGGUGGAGAUCCCAGACUUUGGCAGCAGCGUGCUUGGCAGCUUGAACGAGCAGCGGCUGCUGGGUCACUACUGUGACGUCUCUAUUCUGGUGCAGGGUCAGGCCUUCAAGGCACACCGGGCCGUCCUCGCCGCUUCAUCGCUCUACUUCAGAGACCUGUUCAGCUCUGCAGCAGAUUCCUCUUCUUCAUCCUCUUCAUCAUCAUCCUCGUCCCAGGCAGUGUUUGAGCUGCCGUCUUCAGUCACGCCAGCAUGUUUCCAGCAGAUUCUAUCGUUCUGCUACACUGGGCGUCUCAGUAUGGCUGCAAGUGAGCAGCUGGUGCUCAUGUACACCGCCGGGUACCUGCAGAUCCAGAACAUCGUGGAGCGAGGCAUGGAGCUUAUGAUGAUGAAGGCAUCCUCCUCUUCCUCACCUCUCUGCUGUGAUUCACAGACCACGUCAGCAGACGAGCUUGGGGGCUUCGACACACAGAUGGUUCAACAGCAAAACAGCGCCCCCCAGUUGCAGGAGGCCAGUCCAGACCAGCCAGCUCUGAGCCCAGAGGAACUGCUGCUGGCUGUCAGCAGGAUCAAACAGGAGAGAGCUGACACUCCUCCUGCUGAGGACAAUGGGAGAAGAGCAGCAGCAGGAGGUGGAGGAGGAGAGGAGGGCAGGGUGGACAAUGCUGGGGACCUCCAGUCCUCCAGGAGCAGUGCUCUGUGUUACUUGGGUGCAAGUGCAGGUUUAGUUCCAGGGCUACAGUCUUAUCUCCUGGCAGGAGGGGGGCGAUCCAGUCCAGGAGGCUCCAGCCUUCCCACAGACUCCCCACCCUCUCACCCAGCCACCGAGGAGGAGCUGGAGGAGGAUUACUAUGGGAGCAGUGUCCAUCCUGGACUAUACCAACACAUCUACGGACAUCCUGGAAACCCCUACAUCCAAGAGAAGAUGGAGAUGUUGUCCCUCCCAUUGGCUAAUGAGCGUCGGCCCUGCGUACUGGUUGGUCGAGACAACAUGGCCCUCCCUGCCAGUCUGAUUAGUCAGAUUGGGUAUCGCUGUCACCCAUCGCUUUACACUGAAGGAGACCCAGGGGAGAAGGUGGAGCUGGUGGCUGGUUCAGGUGUGUUCAUGACACGAGGUCAGCUGAUGAAUUGUCACCUGUGUGCUGGAGUAAAACACAAGGUGCUGCUCAGGAGACUGCUGGCUACCUUCUUUGACAGAAACACUCUGGCCAAUAGCUGUGGGACAGGAAUCCGCUCCUCAACCAAUGAUCCGAGCCGAAAGCCCCUGGACAACCGAGUGUUAAACACUGUCAAACUCUACUGUCAGAACUUUGCUCCUAACUUUAAGGAGAGCGAGAUGAACGUCAUUGCGGCAGACAUGUGCACCAAUGCCCGCAGGGUCCGUAAACGUUGGCUUCCGAAGAUCCAGUCUCUGCUCCCUGAUAGCCUCCCUGCCACCAACUCCUCACACCCACGCAGGGGUAAGAGGGGGGGAGGAGGUCAGGGUGGUGAAGCAGCAGUGCAUCCCAGUGGCAGCCCCUUCGAGCUGGACCUGCGGCAGCUCAGUGCCUCCUACCUCGGCUUGGAGGCUCCGCUGUAUGCUGAGCGACGUGAGAGAGAGGCAGCAGGGGAGAGAGAAAGGGAGAAGGAGGCCCCAGCAGCCCUCCUGCCUCACCUGCAGUUCGCUGGGUCUCGUGGGGGAGGUGGAGGAGGCGCAGGUGGGGCGCAGGCAGAGGAGGGGCUUAUGGGAGGCGAGGUAGAUGGGGGAGGGAGAUCACAGACUGAACAACCCCCAGACCUUCCCCUCCCCCUGUCCUCCUCCUCCUCUUCUUCCUCCUCCUCCUCACACCCUUCCCCCCAGCCUGCAGAGCCUGCCCCUCCACAAAGGGGAUUGGCCGACACAGAUGAGAGAGGGACGGAGCCUCUGGAAGACAGCCAAUAAGCUUUUUAUCGCAUCUGCCUACCUGUAUGUAAAUAACACAAAAGCUACCUGUCCCCCCACCUACCUGGCUCUACCUGUCUGUCUCCAACUACCUGUCUUUCCCCACAUACAUUGUCUCCUAUGUCUAACUGAUUGUCUGUAUCUGUCUUUCCACCUGUCUGUCUCACCUUACCUACCUGUCUCUACCUGUCUUUCCUUCUACUUGCCUGUCCCCAACCUGUCUUUACCUGACUAUCCUCCUGUAUGCAUCAGACUUUUCUCCUGACUGUCUCUCUCCAUAUACCAGUCUCUACUUUUUUGUCUGUCCUUCUCUCUGUCUGUCCCUUCCUAUAUGUCUCUACCUGUCUUUUCCCCUUUCUAUCUCUGUCUAUCUCUCUUUCUAUCUCUCAGUUUGUCUUCCCCUUUCUGUCCUCUGCUCUACCUGCCUCUCCGUAUUUGGCUUCCUUCCUGUCUGCAUAUCUGUCUUUUCCCUGUCUGUCUGAUUGCCACCACCUGUCUGCCUCUUUUUGUCUGUCUACCUGUCUUCCUCACUGCCUGCCCCAACCUGUAUGUCCCCCCCCCCCUUCCAGUCAGUCUGUUCACUUACCUCACUACCUGACCACCCAUCUACCUCUAUCCCCUCAGUCUGUCUACCUAUCUGUCUGACCUACCUCUGUCUGUCUACUCCUCUACCUGCUGUCCUCCAAUCUGUCUGUCUGCUCGGCUCUGCUGCAUGUUAACAGCCUCCUGCAGUCCGGCACACAGGCCCAUAGCAACAGGACAAAUGAUGAUGAUUAUAAUACUCACUGAUGACAACAAUAAAGCUUCUUGAUAAUCAGA